GCUGAAAGACCUGGCGCUGCGCGCACGUGACCGCCUCAUCCGGGUCUUCGCGUUCUUUCACACUCGGCCCAACAUGGCAGCUUCAGCAAAGAAGAAGAAUAAGAAGGGGAAGACUCUGACCCUGACCGACUUCUUGGCGGACGAUAAAGGUAGUGGUGGAGCAGCUCCUGUUGGUGGCAGUGGCUAUGCCCCCAAGCCAGUCAGCUGGGCAGACGAAACCGAUGACUUGGAGGGUGAUGUUUCCACAACGUGGCAUAGCAAUGAUGACGAUAUGUACAGAGCCCCUCCGAUCGAUCGCUCUAUACUGCCAACUGCCCCCCGAGCUGCACGUGAACCUGAUGUGGACCGAAGCCGCCUUCCCAAAAGCCCUCCUUUUACUGCUUUCCUCGGGAAUCUUCCUUAUGAUGUGUCUGAGGAAUCAAUCCAGAAGUUCUUUAGAGGACUUAAUAUUAGUGCUGUUCGCCUGCCCAGAGAGCCCAGCAACCCAGAGAGGUUAAAGGGAUUUGGUUAUGCUGAAUUUGAUGACUUGGACUCCCUGUUACGGGCUCUGAGCCUCAAUGAAGAAUCUCUUGGAAACCGAAGGAUAAGAGUGGACAUAGCUGAUCAGGCACAAGAUAAAGAACGGGAUGAUCGCUCGUUUGGCAGGGAUCGUGAUCGCGAUCGCAAUAGAGAUUCUGACAAGACCGACUCUUCUGAUUGGAGGGCGCGUCCUACAACCGACAGCGCUGAUGAUUAUCCCCCACGCCGUGGAGAGGACAGCUACGGAGACAGGUACCGCAGUGACAGAUAUGAAUCUGAUAGGUACCGAGAUGGUCCGCGUAGAGAUGGUGGUGGUGGUGGUGGUUUUGAUAGAGAGAGAGGAAGAGACAGAUAUGAUGACCGGGAUCGCCGUGAUUAUGAUAAAGGUGGUUAUGAUUCCCGUGGAGGCAGAAGGGCGUUUGGUAGCGGUUAUCGGCGGGAUGACGAUUACAGGGGUGGAGGAGAUCGAUACCCUGAUAGAUAUGAGGAGAGACGAGACGAUCGAUCAGACAAAUGGAAUGGUUUCUCUCGGAAUGAGGACAGCAGGCGUGAAGAACGAGCAGGUCCUCCACAGAGACCGAAGUUAAACCUUAAGCCACGUUCGGCGCCCAAAGAGGAAGAAAGUAGUGGGGCCUCAACCGCUUCCAGCCGUGCAGCCUCAAUUUUUGGUGGUGCCAAGCCGGUCGAUACAUCUGCUCGGGAACGUGAGGUAGAGGAACGAUUGCAGAAAGAACAAGAAAAACUGCAGCAACGCCAUUUGGAUGAUGACAGGCCUCGACAAAUAGAGAGGAAACCCAGAGAAAGACAUCCCAGCUGGCGCAGUGAAGAUACCCAAGAGCGUUCUAGGACUGGCAGUGAGUCUUCUCAAACAGGCAACACUGGCUCGUCUUCAUCCAGGAUUUCAAAGAGAAGGGAGAGUGAGAAAUCGGUGGAAAAUGAGGUGUUUGGAAAAGACGAGGAAAUUCAUUCUCCAAACUCAAAAGGUCCCAAGGCAGACUCUUCGCUUCCUUUAAAAGUAAUGCCAGCCCCACCGCCUAAGGAGAACGCUUGGGUGAAACGCAGUACAGUAGCUCCUGCCUCACGAUCCCUGAGUUCAGAAUCCUCACAGGGCAGCGAAAGGCAGUCUGACUCUGAUAGGUGGACAUCAGGGACUGCACAAGGACCAGAAGAUGGUAAAAUGAGUCCUGAACCUGGAUCAAAAACAAGUGGGCGCAACAGCGAUGAUCGCGGCAGAGUGACUGAUAAGAAAGAAAGGGGCAAUCCAGAUUCCAGGGUGAUGCCGGAAGGAAAGAUGUUGGAAGAAAAGGAAGCUAAAUUCAGCCAAGCGAGUAAGUAUGCAGCGCUAGCUGUGGACGGGGAGGAAGACAUUGAAGAUUACGCAGACUAACAUGGGGAACGUCUGUGUUCGUGGAUUUCUCUACACCUCCCCUUACCUUUAUUGUCCCUUCUGCCCUACUCCAUGACAGUCAUUGGCAAAAGCCUGUCAAGAAAAGCAACACCCUCUUCCGGCUCUGUCCUUCUCAAAUGUAAAAACAAUCCGACCUCAACACCUCAGACAAGGAUCUUCAGUUAGAAAUCUAAUGAGCUGUUUCUUCUCUUGCAUGCCGCUGCAGCUUUUUACCGUGUGUGCGUGGGUUGGGAGGGGUGGAAAUGCAGUGCGUGGCAGCGAGGUUUGCCUAAUCAUCGCUUGGGGUAAUAGUUUCCUGAGCUACAACCCCCCUCCUCAUUUGUAAAGAUAUCAUUUUAAGCAAGGAGCAGAUAGGCUCCAGACUUCAUAUUAGGGUGCUUCUCAGAGAUGCAAUUUCUUAUGAUUGUCCUCUGGAAAACCAGUUCAAAAACAUUAAUUUGGCGAAGAAUGAAAGGAAUGAUUGACCCUUUUUAGCACAUUAUGGUAAAGCAGAUGAAAUCAAUUUAAUGAAGCUCUUUGAGUAUCAGUAGAGAAAGGGAUGUCUUCAGAUGUAUGGUUUGCACUCAAAUAGUACUGCUGUCAGAAUCCUUCAACCAGUGUGCCAGUGAUCAUACAAGUAGCAGCCCCCUAAAGGCACUGAAAUACUUCUAGAGACCCCCGUCAGGCUUUGGUGUGGUGCUGUGGGUUUGACAGACUGCCAUAGCAGUGAAUGCUGCUAGGGAAGGUAUCUUACAGUGUUUAGUAGGAGUAUAUAAAGCAUCUGGAUCAGACAGUGCUCCCUGUUUUCCUAGAUAUUGCCUUACGCAUUUGGCAAAUCCCUAAUUGGUCCUGUACCCAUCCUCAAUCACCCUUUUCCCUAAUUUAUAACUAUUGUACUUCUGGGAGCUGUGUCCCGUCGCAGACCAGUUUGCAAUACCGCCAUUUACCAUUUUACACUUGCAAAAGUGUACACCAAGGAAUAAAAUCUAUAAUAAAAAACCAAACUUGUAAUGAUUUAUAAUCUGCUUUCUCAGAGAUGUUUUAUUAUCAUGUAAAGUCCCUUACCAGCCCUCUUAGGUUUUUUUUUCUGUUUAUCAGCUCUGUCCCCCUCGAAAUAAACUAAUCUUUAAAAUA